AAUAACAAGGCCCAAACAACCGGAGCAACACAUUUUUCGCAGCCAUUUUUCCUCUCUCAAGCGUUCAAUCUCUCAAUGUUCUUCCCUUCAUCUGCUCAAUCUCAAGAACAUUCAUAAUAAAAACGAUGAAUGCGAACAGAGGCAUCUUCGCGCUGGUAAAAUCUCAACAGCCUAUCCCUUUGAACAUCAGGGUAUCUUCUUUUCAUUCCACGCAUAUCCUCGAACGCAAGAGACGCUCAUAUUUUGAUCCUGGAAGAAGGGCGAGUAGGAAGGCUCCAUCAAGGAGGUUUAACUAUGAGAACAAAAGAUUUAGGAAAUUCAAUGCAAAACAAACAUUAUUGCGAAAUGUCAGUUCAUUUGCAGAUGAGUUAUUUCAGAGUUGGCAUCGUGAUUUUAAUGACGACUAUGAUUCUUCUUCAAGCCAAGGUUGGAGGUGGUUUGAUGAGGAUUGUUCGUAUAAUGCGUCAAAUUCAAGCAGAUCGAGGAACAAAGGGUGGUUUGAUGAGGAUUUUUCGUAUAAAGCAUCAAAAUCAAGCAAAUCUAGGAGCAAGGGAUCCCAUAAAUGGAGUGAGUUACGGUUUGUUGAUGAUUUGGGCUUAGAAGUAGAAAACUUUUUCUGUACUGGUUUCGGUGGAAAACACAGCUACAGUUGGUCAUUUGUAAAUGAAGAUUUCCCACAUAGACAUUCGUCGCGUCACUCUAACACUUAUGGGCAUUCAAAGCAGAGGUUUAGGCAUAAAUAUGAGUAUGAUGAUGAUAAUGAUGAUGAUGAUGAUUAUGAUUAUGGAUCGAGAGAACAUGAAAUGCGCCAAACUGAUUUGAGGUCCCAGCGACUUGCCCUUGGCUUGAAUGCCUCCGGUCCCUUAAAUCUUGAAGAUGUUAAAAUCGCUUAUCGUUCGUGCGCUUUAAAAUGGCAUCCGGAUCGCCAUCAAGGUCCUUCCAAGGUGGUCGCUGAAGAGAAGUUCAAGGCUUGCAGUUCGGCUUACCAAUCGCUGUGUGAUGAGAUAUCUCUCAACUAAUCAUCUGCCCCAGCAAGUGAAAUGACGUUUUUGUCCCUUAACAACGCGUGGCUCCUGCAAUGUUCUCUGUUCAUUUAGGUCAUAAACAAGAACGCAAGACUGCCUCCAUAUGUAACCUAUUUUUCAUUGACAUUGUUCUUUUUGAAAGUUGUAAAUUGUGAUGCUGUGAUGUACUGUUAUUGCCAUAGACACAGGCUUAAGGUUAAAGU